AUCGAAUCGAGCACUUUCAAUCGAUAUGGACUCGCCAUUGGCACCACGCAUGGUGGAGGAGAGCGCGCUAGCGUUCGAUCACAAUGAACCUAGCUCGCCGUUCAUGACCGAAGCAGAGAGCAGACUGAUCAGCAAAACAUGGGACGCGCCCAUUGAUACGGAACACAUGAGCGACGCGGAGCAGCCCCAGCAGCAGCCCCAGCAGCAGACACCAAUGGAAAUGUUUGCGACACCGAGAAAGCCGAAUUUUGAAGAUUGCAUGGACGACAAGGAGAAUGUGCCGCAAGACAAGGAUAACAACAACAACAACAACAACAACAACACAAUCCAGAAAAUCCCACGCCCAGCGACACCGCCAGAGCGCAAGGCUCUACCAGAGUCGCCUCGAGCCUCGCGAGCGCGUAAAGAGAGCAUGACUGACGCACGCAGAGGCAGCGCAGACGGGGACCAAAUGCCUCCUCCUCCGCCGUCAACAUGCAAACCGCAGACUCCCAAACGAUCUCCAUUGAAACCCUCCCGAAGCGCCGCCAACGGGCAAACGCCGCGCGCAUCUGCAACGACGCGGAGUAACUCGUUCGAGUCCGAAUUGACACGGACGACAACGCGAGCGUCCAACGACAACUUCGAAGUCCGCACAAUACAGCAAUACACACACGUGGAGGAGAACUCUGGCGUUGACGACACAGGCUUCAGUGCCUUUUCUGAGGUCCCGGAUAUGACCACGUGGGCAAAGAUGGGCCAGAGUCCCGCCAAGCGAGGAGAUUCGCUACGAACACCAGGCAAGAUGGCUGAUGCCACACCACGGACAUCGCGCAAACGGCCCUCACCUUCUCGGUCCCCCUCCCCUACGCCGCGACGAGCAAAGAAUGGCCAUGAGCGCUCCACCAGCCAGGAUGGUACUACCUACCUGAUCGACUUCACGCAGCAGAUGGAUCACAUGGGCGGCUACGGCAGGCAUACCUCGCCAGCCAAGUCCACUACUCAGCCAGACCUCUUGAAAUUCAUGAACAACCAGCGCUCUCCGCACAAGACCGCCCGCCAAAGCUGGGCUACCCCAGCCAAGCAGAGUAACAUCAUGAACCUUCUCGACUUUGAACUUCCGCCGGCGCCCACGCCGCGAUCCAUUCCCACCAUCACCGUACGAGAGCUGGAAUCGCUCAAAUCAUCCUACCUGUCGCAGAUCUCAUCUCUAAAAGCAACUCUGAGCGGACGUGAGGCAGAAGUCGAAAGUCUGAAGCGCGCCGUGGGUGACGCAGAGCGACGAGUGGGCGAAGCGCAAGAAAGCUUGCGGGAAGAGAAGAACCGAUGUGAAUACGCCGAGGAGCAGAAGGCUGGCUGGGAGAAGCGUGGCCAGGAGGUGGAAUAUCUACUGAAAGAAGUCAAGGAAGAAGUCAUGAAGUCUGAAGCAGAGAAAGAGGAGCUGCUCCGCAAGGUGGAAGAGUUUGAGCGGAGAAGCGAGGAUGCAGAGGCCAGAGCGGUCAAAGCGGAGGAACGCUUCGCAGACGCGCUGGCAGCACGAGCAGCAUCUGGUGAAGCUGGUGGUGACAUCGACCCGAAUGCCAUGGAGGAGCAAGUCCAACGGCUCGUUGCCGCACAAAUCGACUCCAAAAUCGAGGCUGUGUCGCGUGAACUGCACUCCGUGUACAAGGAAAAGCACGAACGCAAAGUCGCAACAUUGAAGAAGAGCUACGAAGCUCGCGGCGAGAAGAAAUGCGCAGAAUUACAAGCUCGUCUGCACGAGCUCGAAAAGCAACAUGAAGAUCUUCUCGCAGCGAAAGACGCCACCUUCUCUGGCCCCGUCGCAGCUGCUUCCUCCGGUGAAGCCGAAGCAGAAUUGAAAUUCCAAAUCGAGGAACAGCGUGCGCAAUUUGCGAGGCUGGAAGCGGAAAUUUCCACUUCGAGGCAAUAUCAAGCUCAACUCGAACGCGAACUUGCGCAGGAACGCAUCGAAAAGGGGGAUUUGGUUGCUGCGGUGGAUGAAAUGCUCUUGUUGCAAUCGGAGCAAGGAGGAGGAGGUUCCGCGCAAGGUGCCAUGUCUGUUGUGCAGGAUUUCCGGAAGAGUAUCAGUAGUCGCCCAGCAUCGAGCUUGUCUGGUGCUGCUGCUGCUACUAGUAGUGGUUUGAGAGCACCUGGCGGUGGUGCUGCUCCUGCCGCUGCUGGUGGAAUAGGUAGUAGAAUCGGCGGUGUAGGAAGACCUGGCGGCAGUGGAAUUGCAAAAGGUGGCGGUGGUGGAAUGAUGUCUCGGAUUGAAAAAAUGGGCGCCAGUGCGAGGACUGGAAGUGGGUGAAGAGAACAAAGAGACGUUUCUCUCUCGUCUCUCUCUUUUUCCUCUUUUCUCGGUGGCCUCACACACACAACCUCGAGAACUGAGUGAGUGGGUUGUCUUUUGGCGUGGUGUUGGAAAAGGUUCCGGCAGGGGAAAAAAGAAGAAUUAACGAAAGGCAUGAAUUAGUUGGUUGCACCUUUACUUUAGCUUACCUUGUACUUUUGAUGUUGAUGUUGUUCGAUACUUUUUCACUUUCAAUGUA